CUACAGGGCACUCGUCCGAUAUUUAAGGACUCUCAUUUAAAACAUUUUCUGCAGACGUAAGAAUGGUUUGGUAUAUCUUUUUGUUGCAUUAUCCUUUUCUGAUCGACGCAAGGCAAGCUCCACCAGAUGUUCAUGUCUUUGUGAAGAAAGCUCCUGAUCACAGUAAGCUGGUUCUGAGCUGUCUGGCCACUGGUUUCUACCCCAGAGAUAUUGAGAUGAACAUCAGGUGGGAUGAAUCCGUUCUUAAGAACCAAACAUCAUCUGGAAUCAGACCUGAUGACAAUGGAUCCUUUCAGAUGAGAGUCAGUGUGGAGAUCGACAGAAACCUCAGAGGGUUUUAUGACUGUGUGGUCAUCCACAGCGGUCAGACUCAGACACGACCGGUUUUAACUGUGUGGGCCAUAUAUAACCGUACAUUUAGUGGUGAGUAA